AUGCAAAUCCAGAUCAAGACCUUGACCGGGCGCAACAUCCCCGUCGACGUCGAGCCCACCGACAAGAUCAUGCGCAUCAAGGAGUUGAUGGAGGAAAAGGAAGGGAUCCACCCGUCGCAGCAGAAGCUCAUCCACCUCGGCAACAACCUCGACGACGACCUCACGGUGCAAGAGGCCAAGAUCGACCCCGGCGCCACCCUCCACGUGGUGUUGGCGUUGAGAGGCGGCCACUGA